AUUUUUUGGAUGUUUAGCAUUAAUUGGUUCAGCUCCAGCUACUGAUCAUUCUGUUGCAUCAACCGGUUUACUUGGUAGUUUAUAUCCGAUGGCAGCCGCAUUCCUGUUGCUUAGUUCCCUACAGUAUCUUUUGACACCUACAGUAACCGGAUGGAAUACAGUAACAGCAAUAAAACUUUUAGCUGAUCCAUUACUUGGUAUAUUAGCGUCAGCAGGAUGUUUCGUUCAAAUUCUUUUCAAUAUUUUUAAAGCAAAUCGUUUGCAACUUCUUGAUAAGCAUGGUUAUCAACCGGCUGCACCACAAAUACCUCAACCAGCAAUUCCAUCGCAUACGGUAACAGCAAGCAAUGCUUAUUCGUUGUCAAGGUAUCCGGAACAGAGGCCACUUUGUCCACUAUAG